AUGCGUUUUGCUGCCCUUUCAACGACACUUCUGGCUCUGGCACAGUAUGUGCACGCCUUGCCAGUUGAAAGUGAUGGGGCUUCUGCACUCGAUAUUACCUUGACUCAUGUCACUGAUACACGUAUCAAGGCUGUCGUGAAGAACUCUGGCAGCGAAGAUGUUACAUUUGUGCAUCUCAACUUUUUCCGUGACAGCGCACCCGUAAAGAAAGUUAAUAUCUUCAAGAACGAUGCUGAAGUCACUUUUGAGGGAAUCAAACGCCGAUUCGUCCUCGAAGGUCUCACCUCGGAGUCUCUCACUUCCCUUGCUGCAGGAGAGACCUUCGAAGAUGAAUUUGACAUCGCCGCUACUAGUGACUUGUCUAGCGGGGGCCCAUUAACUCUUCAAUCGAGCGGUCUGGUACCCCUAGUCACUGAUGGUGCAGUCACUGGCUAUCUGCCAUACCGUUCCAACGAUCUCAAGAUCGAAGUUGACGGUGUCAAGGCAUCCCGUGUGCUGAAGGCUAUCAAGCCACUCGAUCGUCGUGCCCUUCAAACCUGCAGUGACUCCAGCAAGAAGUCGGCACUUAGCACUGCUCUCAAGAACACUGUGACUCUCGCGAACGCAGCCGCAACAGCUGCCCUUUCGGGAUCUUCCACCAAGUUUCAAGAGUACUUCAAGACCACCAGCACCGCGACGCGCAGUGUCGUGGCUGCUCGCCUUAAAGCUGUGGCAAAAGAGGCCGGCUCGGUGACUGCCACCAAGUACUAUUGCUCAGAUACCUUGGGAUACUGUGAGACCAACGUCUUGGCUUACACUCUGCCAUCUCAAAAUGUGAUCGCCAAUUGUGAUCUCUACUACAGCGCUCUCCCAGCAUUGGCUAGCACAUGCCACAGCCAAGAUCAAGCAACCACCACUCUCCACGAGCUCACCCAUGCUCCGGGAGUAUACAGCCCGGGAACUGAUGACAACGGAUACGGGUAUACCGCUGCGACAUCCCUCACUAGUGCAAAGGCCGUUUUGAAUGCUGACUCGUAUGCACUGUAUGCCAAUGGUUAG